AUGGCUGGUCCUCCACGACAACCCUCGCCCUUGGACUCGCCAACGCCGGGUGGCCGUUUGCAAUGGGACAACGUGCCGUUGGAAACACCCCGGUCUCCCUCACGUUCCACCAGAAGCCUCCCGCCUCCACAACCAGGCGAGAAUGCUCCUCCAACGUCUCCCAGACGGAGAUGUGCACAAGGGCGCCCGUUAUUCAGCGACCGCUAUAUUCCAAACAGAACGGGCGUGGAUUUGCAGGCCGCGUUUCUGCUUUUCAACCAGGACCCAACUUUGGAUCCCCCAAACACAAGACUGAACCGGCAAGAUACCUCUGAACUCUCGGCCAACGAGGUCGAGCGCCGCAAAGAAGAAGAAGCUAACAGAAACUUCUCUUCUGUCCUCAAGGCUGAGCUUUUUGGCGAUAAUGUGCCAAUGGCUACCGCUGACCUCUCGCGGCCUCCAGGAUCUCAGUCGGGCUCGUCUGUGGAUCUCCAAUCUUCGCAACGUUCUGCAAACGCGCUGGCUGCUAGCAGACGCGAGACUCCACAAAAUAGCUCUGAAACGACCUUGCUCGGAACACCCCGGCGCAAGACGAACUUGUUCACAUACCAGCUGCCGAGCAAACUGCGACCUGCCUCGCGUGACCUACAACUGGAGCUUUUUCUGUUGUCGCCCGUACGACAGGAAUCUCAAAAAUUCUUGUUGAGCCCCCAGAAGAAACCUCGCACCAUCCUGAAAGUCCCCUACCGAGUGCUUGAUGCACCCGAGCUAUCAGAUGACUUCUACCUUAAUCUAGUAGACUGGGGACUGCAGGAUAUGCUAGCCGUUGGCUUAGGUGAAUCGGUUUACUUGUGGGACGGCCUGACACAGUCCGUUGAAAGAUUAUGUACGUUGGAAGACAAAGACAAAGUGACUUCGUUGAGCUGGAUUGGGGCAGGAACCCAUCUAGCUGUUGGUACCCAUAGCGGGCAGGUGAAAAUAUGGGAUGCUACUAAAAUUUCAUGUAUUAGGACAAUGACCGGGCAUACGCAAAGAGUCAGCUCUUUGGCCUGGAACGAACAUAUUCUUUCAAGUGGAUCACGCGACAGGAAAAUAUACAAUCGAGACGUGCGUGAUCCUAGUCACUUCAUCAACUGCUUCGAAUCGCACAAGCAGGAGGUUUGUGGCCUCAAGUGGAACGUAGAGGAAAACAAAUUGGCGAGCGGAGGAAAUGACAACAAAUUAUUCAUUUGGGACGGCCUCAACUCCACUCCUCUUCAUCAGUUCUCGGAACACAACGCAGCCGUGAAGGCCAUUUCAUGGUCACCUCAUCAGAGGGGUAUUCUCGCCUCUGGAGGUGGCACAGCUGACAAAACAAUCAAGAUCUGGAACACACUCACUGGAACCAGAAUCAAUAAUGUUGACACAGGAUCGCAAGUGUGCAAUUUGGUGUGGUCGAAGAACUCCAACGAGAUUGUCUCGACCCAUGGCUUCUCCAGAAACCAGAUCAUUGUCUGGAAAUACCCCAAUUUGCAGCAGAUUGCCCAGCUUACCGGACACACUUACCGUGUAUUAUAUCUUUCGCUUUCGCCGGAUGGAGAGACAAUUGUGACAGGGGCUGGAGACGAGACUCUUCGCUUCUGGAAUGUCUUUGAGAAGAACCGCAAUGACCGGCCGCUGUCGUCAGUGCUUCUCGAAGCGUUCCUGCAAUUACGAUAA